UCCGGGUAAGCAGACAUUGCCGGUCGUGGGAUACUUUAUUGGUUCGAAGUUGCCUUCUGGUCGGGUGGCCUGGGCCGGGGAAGCCAGGCAUGAAGAUCACCAGGCAGAAACACGCCAAGAAGCAUCUUGGCUUCUUCCGCAAUAAUUUUGGAGUCCGCGAGCCAUACCAGAUACUGCUGGACGGCACUUUCUGUCAGGCGGCGCUACGGGGCCGCAUCCAGCUGCGAGAGCAGUUGCCCCGCUACCUCAUGGCGGAGACUCAGCUGUGCACCACCAGAUGUGUAUUAAAAGAGUUGGAAACAUUGGGAAAGGACUUAUAUGGGGCAAAGCUGAUUGCCCAAAAAUGCCAGGUUCGAAAUUGUCCCCAUUUCAAGAAUGCAGUGAGUGGAUCAGAAUGUCUGCUUUCCAUGGUGGAAGAUGGAAAUCCUCACCAUUAUUUCCUGGCAACACAGGAUCAGAAUUUGUCUAUGAAAGUAAAGAAGAAGCCUGGAAUUCCCCUCAUGUUUAUCAUUCAGAACACUAUUGUCUUGGACAAACCUUCUCCCAAAGCGAUUGCGUUUGUUAAGGCCGUGGAGUCCGGUCAGCUCGUCUCAGUGCAUGAGAAACAGAGUAUCAAGCAGCUCAAAGAGGAGCAGGGUUUAGUCAGAGACGUGGAACAGAGAAGAAGAAAGCGCAGGAAAGUAAGUGGCCCCAAUCCUCUUAGCUGUUUGAAGAAAAAGAAAAAAACACAGGAUACGAACUCAUCUGCCUCGGAAAAGAAAAGGAAAAGAAAAAGAAUCCGAAACAGAUCUACCUCAAAAGUACUUUCUGAAAAGCAGAAUGCAGAAGGGUAAUAAGUCUAAAGACUUUCAAAUAUGAAAAUAAAUUUCUUUUAGAAACUGUGAAAGUACUUAUUUUGGUAAAUGAAUUUUGACCCACAGCCUUUAUAAAAUUAUUUUUUAAAAACCAGUGGAUGUGUUUAGGUGUAAUCAUGUUCACUUUUCUUACAGAACUUAGAGGGUUUUUUUUUUUUUUAAUGUAAAACGGUUAAUCUCUUUCUGUCUUAGUGCUGUCCCCCACCCUCCAACAUUAUGUGGAGAUGGUUUAAAAAUAUCUUCUAGUACCAAAAUGCUUGUGACUUAAAAAGAGAUAAUCCUUCUCAUCCUUCUUUCAUGUUCACAGAGGAACCGUACUCUUGCAACUUAUACAGUGGUUGUAGAAUUUACCUUUAUGUUUCCAAAUAACAUGAAUAUGUUGCUA